AUGGAACAUAACACCACGGAGUUUCACAAUCGGACGAUCUUCUUAGACCAACAUCGUCAACAAUCUGAGUCUCGAAUCGCAGACUUGGAGAAAACCUCAUCAGCUUUACUCGAGAAAAACAAGACCACUAACGAAGCAUUUGUGGCAGUUGACGAUGAAAUCAAGGAUCUCCAAACGAGAGAAGAAGACCUAAAGAAAUCACAUGAUCGACUUCGCACAUGGGCAUCUACGCAAGGAUGGAAAGCAGGGCAAGGCGGUAACAAUGUCGACGACAUGCACGACGACGAUGAGCCGUCGUUUGGUCGCAAGGGUAAAGGCGUAAAAAUUGACCAACCAGAAAAAUAUGGUGGCAAUAAGGACAGAGUCAAUCUCGAUGAUUGGCUCGAACAAUUCGCGGAAGACUUCCAUCCAAAGGCAACCGGUACAGGCUUCUCAGAUCAAGACUUGAUCGAAAAAAUCAAGAAACAUAUUUCGGAGAAAACGUGGCUGCUCAUGCUGGCAGACACGACCAAGGACAACUGGCCCAAGAAAUGGACCGAGUUCCUUACAUUCGCACUCCAGAUAUUCACAUCACUACAACGAGAAGGCCACCAUGCCAAGGCCGAAACCAAGGACCCGAAUGCUAUGGAGGUUGAUGCAGUCGAGAAGAAGGGAAAGAGUAAAUUGGGCAAAGCGCGAAGCGUGCAAGACGACAAGUUGGUCUGCGCCAACUGCAAGAAGAAUAAGCUGACAUUCUUCAAAUCGUCGAAACGCUUCGGCAAGUAUUGCACCGACUGUUUUAAAUUGGACCAUGUCAAGAGGCAGAUUGAGAAGGAGAAGGAGACAGCCGUGAAGAAGAAGGACGGGAAGAAAAAGGAUGAUGCCAGGAACAAAUCCAAGUCGUCCAAGACGCGACAGGUAGUAUCUGAUUCCGCUUCAUCAGAUGCAGAGAGCGAAAGCUCUGAUACCGAAGAAGAAAAGAAGCUGAAGAAGAAGAGCUCUUCCUCUAAGACUAAGAGGAAGGGUAAGGAGACAGCUGCGCAUAUCAGCGACCGCAGCAUCCACUCGGAGAGCGAGCCUGAUGCAUCCGAGUCGGACGAAGAUUUCGCCGCGAUCCUCUCAAGGCUCAGGUGCCUGAGGGGGAAUGGAUCCAGUUUAUCAAGGAAGGCGGGAGAGGGCUCUUCAAGAAAGGAUCAGAAGGGUUUUCUCAAAGGGGAUCUGUAG